AUGGCGGGAGCUACGUCGGCGCUGUUCAUCAUGGACAUCAAAGGGAGAUGCCUGAUCAGCCGCGAUUACAGAGGCGACGUCUCUCCGAUCCAAGCAGAGAAGUUCUUCAACAAAUUCGUCGAGAAAGAGGGUGAUAUAGAGUCUCAUGGACCAGUGUGCUAUGAUAGUGGUGUCACCUAUAUGUUUAUACAGCACAAAAAUAUUUAUCUAUUGACAGCAUCGAGGCAGAAUUGUAAUGCUGCUAGCCUCCUCCUCUUUCUGCACCGUAUAGUUGAUGUUUUUAAGCAUUAUUUUGAAGAGCUGGAAGAGGAGUCACUGAGAGAUAACUUUGUGGUCGUGUAUGAGUUGCUUGAUGAAAUAAUGGAUUUCGGUUACCCCCAAUACACAGAAGCUAAGAUUCUUAGUGAGUUUAUCAAGACAGAUGCUUACAGAAUGGAAGUUGCACAGCGGCCUCCAAUGGCUGUGACAAAUGCGGUUUCGUGGCGCAGUGAGGGAGUCUUUUAUAAGAAAAAUGAAGUAUUCUUGGAUGUGGUGGAACAUGUCAAUAUACUUGUAAACAGCAAUGGUCAACUUAUCCGUUCAGAAGUUGUUGGGGCAUUGAAGAUGAGAACUUAUCUUAGUGGUAUGCCUGAAUGUAAGCUUGGUCUCAAUGAUAGAGUUUUGUUGGAGGCUCAAGGUCGAACCACAAAAGGAAAAGCCAUUGAUUUGGAUGAUAUCAAAUUUCAUCAGUGUGUACGUUUGGCGCGAUUUGAAAAUGAUCGCACAAUAUCUUUCAUUCCUCCUGAUGGUUCAUUUGAUCUAAUGACAUAUAGACUCAGUACUCAGGUAAAACCACUCAUUUGGGUAGAAGCACAAGUUGAAAGGCACUCAAGAAGUCGGGUUGAAAUUAUGGUCAAAGCUCGAAGCCAAUUCAAAGAGCGUAGUACUGCAACAAAUGUGGAAAUUGAAUUACCUGUGCCAUCUGAUGCUACAAAUCCCAAUGUACGCACAUCAAUGGGAUCUGCUAAUUAUGCACCUGAGAGAGAUGCAGUGUUAUGGAAAAUCAAAUCCUUUCCUGGUAAUAAGGAGUAUAUGUUAAGGUCAGAGUUUAGACUCCCUAGUGUGAUUUCGGAAGAUGCACCACCUGACAGAAAAGCUCCAAUCCGAGUCAAGUUUGAGAUACCCUAUUUUACCAUCUCAGGAAUUCAGGUUCGUUAUCUCAAGAUCAUUGAGAAAAGUGGAUAUCAAGCUCUCCCGUGGGUGCGGUACAUAACAAUGGCCGGUGAAUAUGAAUUGAGGCUUAUUUGAAACCAACCUCUGCUUUGCUGAGUAUUCUGCCAAUAACAAGUACAUUGCAUUGCAUUUGACAUUGGCAUUGAUCAUCUUGCUAUAUUUUUAUUUAUUUAUUUUUAUUUUCUUGUUGAUGUUACAGUU